GGAGCCUUGACCUUCUUCCGCUUGGGACCUUCUUCUUCGUCCUCCUCAUCCUCAUCCUCCCUGGCGGCCCAAAGUGCUGCGGCUGCGGCAUCUCAGGCGCAGGGCCAAGCUUCAAAGGCAUUCCCUAAGAAAACCACCUCCAAGGCAGUCGCAUUAUGGCUCAUUGGCAGCGCUGCUAGCUGCUUCGGCAUUGUCGUCUUUGGUGGACUAACAAGAUUGACCGAGUCUGGACUCAGCAUAACGGAAUGGAGACCUGUCACCGGCUCUUUGCCUCCCAUGUCGCUUGCCGACUGGGAGUCUGAAUUCGAAAAAUACCGUGCGUCUCCGGAAUUCAAGCUGCUCAACCCUCACAUGACGCUCGAGGAGUUCAAGAAGAUUUACUUUAUGGAAUGGACUCAUCGUCUCUGGGGCCGCUUCAUCGGUCUUUCGUUUGUCCUCCCCUCGCUAUACUUUGUCGCGCGCCGCCGAGUCUCUCCCAGAAUGGCCGUCAACCUGCUCGGCAUCUCCAGCUUGAUCGGCUUCCAGGGCUUCAUUGGCUGGUGGAUGGUCAAGUCUGGUCUCAAGGACGAUCUCUUUGCUCCUGGCUCUCACCCGCGCGUCUCUCAAUAUCGAUUGACCACGCACUUGGCUACCGCUUUCGUCUGCUAUUCCUGGAUGCUCAUGUCUGGCCUGACCAUCCUCCGUACCCGCCGUCUGCUCGCCGACCCCGCUGCCGCCUCUGCUGCCAUUAAAGCCAUCAAGAACCCCGCGCUCAACGCUUUCAGGCGCUCAGUGCUUGGCGUCACCGGCCUCGUUUUCCUGACUGCCAUGUCCGGCGGCUUGGUUGCCGGUCUCGACGCUGGCCUCAUCUACAACGAAUUCCCCAAGAUGGGUCUUGGCUUCACUCCACCCAAGUCCGAGCUCUGGGACAAGUUCUACUCCCGCAAGGAAGACGGCUCUGACCUGUGGUGGCGCAACAUGCUCGAGAACCCCAGUCUCGUCCAGCUUGACCACCGAAUCCUAGCCAUUACGACCUUUUGCACAAUCUUGACCCUCUUCGCAUACGCCCGCACCGGAAAGGUCGCCGCCGCACUCCCCAGGAACGCAAAGAAGGGCACUACUGGCCUCGUCCAUCUUGUCACCUUGCAAGCAGCCCUUGGUAUCUCCACUCUCAUUUACAUGGUUCCCACACACUUGGCGGCCACUCACCAGGCUGGCAGCCUUGCUGUUCUUACGGGCGCCCUGGUACUCGCUCACCGACUUCACAUCCCAAAGUCGACGGUGCGAAUGAUUGAGCAGAAGUUGAAGCAGAUUAAGCCAUGA